AUGGAGACUUUUCGCCCUGCCUUCUUCGACCGUCCUCGCCCUCUUCUUUCCUACGGCACCCCCUUUCCUGAAGCCGUUGCUCGCCAUGCUGUCAAUACUUUCCACGCCCAGCGCGUCUAUGUCAUCUGCUCGGGGUCGUUGGCCAAGAAUACCGAUUCACUCGAUCAACUCGCCCAGGCCUUCGACAAACUCAAGAUUUCGAUUGUCGGCCGGCGGAUUGGCAUGAAGAGCCAUACUCUAUGGUCAGAAGUCCUCGAGAUCACAGCCGAUGCCCGAGAAUGUUCGGCCGACCUUAUACUUACCCUCGGCGGCGGGACGCUGACGGACGGAGCGAAAGUGGUUUCGUUUGCUCUCGCAAAUAACGCCAAAACAUUCGAAGAUCUGGACACCCUUUGCAUGGGCCCAAACCAGGAGCGUCCUACAAACGACCCUCGCCCCUCGUCUGUCCCCAUCAUCUCCGUUCCCACGACUCUUUCAGCCGGAGAGUACUCAAACUUCGCCGGCGCCACUAAUGACAAUACCCGCCGCAAACAUUCUUUCCAGGCACCUCUGCGCGGGCCGCAGCUGAUCGUUCUCGACCCGCAGCUCGUCGCAUCCACAACUCCACAAAAUACCUGGUUAAGCACCGGCGUACGCGCUGUGGACCACUGCGUCGAGACGUACUGCGCCGUUGUAGGUACAACUGAAGAUUCCGAUUCAUUGGCACUGAAGGCACUCAUGAACUUGGUUCCGGGCCUUGUGAGGUCCCGCCAUGACCCGAAAGGAGAAGACCUCGACGCGCGACUGACUUGUCAGCUCGGGUCUGUUGAUGCCAUGGCAGCAUGCACAAGUGGGAGAGUGCAACUCGGUGCUAGCCACGGCAUUGGGCAUCAGCUCGGCCCUCUCGGCGUCGGCCAUGGCGAGACAAGCUGCAUUCUCCUCCCAGCCGUAUGCAAGUACAACGCAAAAUACAACGCCAACAAUGACCGCCAAUCACGGCUACGUGACUUCCUCCUGAAGCAGCCGAUAUUCGAGAAAGUGUCUGAAUCUCGGGGGUUGAACAAGGAAACCGCCGACCUGGGUGAUGUGUUGGAUGCGCUUUUCCGCGAGCUCGGCAUGCCACGAUCGCUUGGUGAGGUCGGUGUCGGACGCGACCAGCUCGAUGGGCUUGCGGCGAACUCGUUGCAUGACCGCUGGUGUCGGACGAAUCCGGUUCCGUUGAAUGAGAAGGCACAGGUGUUGGAGAUCCUGGAGCAGGUGGUUUGA